AUGAGCGACCCGAUCGGCCUAGCAGACAUCCUCGGCGGCCGCGUGGGCGCACUCCGCGCUGCGACGGAAGCGCUCAUGGUAGAGCUGAGCUCGCUUCAUGGCGGCAGCUCUGGCGCCAAGGACGAGGACCCGGCAUCCUUGGCGGUCGGGACGACGACGCUCAAGAACCGUCUCGACCGCGUCCAGACCAACCUCAACGUCCUGCGCAAGUUCAGCCCCGAGUUUGAGGACAAGACAAAGAACAUUGACGCCGUCUCGCAGACGCAGCGCAACCUUAUGCUCGAGUACUACUGGAAGACGCAGAUCCACGAGAUGGCGGGGAAAGGCGCCAACGUGUGGCUCGCGCAAAUGACCGAGUGGUUCCCGCGCAUGGAGUACGUCGCCGCGCCAGGCGCGUCCUUGCACCCGGGCAGUGGCCAACCCGAGAAGGUCAAGGCGGUCAUGACGGUUAACGAGCGCUUCGUGCCCAAGCCGACAAAGCGCGCGCGCAUGCUGGUCUUUGACGAGCAAGGCGACGUGCAGCCCGUGGACCUGAACGAGAUGAUGGACUACAUCAUGCGUCGCAACAAGAGCAUCAAGUUCUGGAAGCACACCGAGACGACCCGGGGUGGUCGGCGUGUCAUCAAGUCGAUUUCGUGCGAAGUCAACAAAGAAAUGAUGGUCUACAUGAGCUUUUGCCCGGCGAUUCCCGAGGGCGGACCGAACGGCGAGUCGGGCGUCGCCGCGAGCCCGAUGACGCCGUCGACACCCAACUCGCCCGCGUACCACCGCAGCCGAGCGACGCGCGCGGCCAAGCUCAAGGCCAAGAAGAUCGUUGCCAAGAAGCCUCGGCGCGACGACAUGAUGACCAAGGCCAAGAUGGCGGCCGAGGAGGCAACCAAGAUCGAGCAAGAAGAGCUACGCAAGCUUAUCAUUGACGCCAGAGAGACGGGGAAGGAGCAGGAGCUCGCCAAAGCCGCGGGGCUCCAAGUGACCAAGUACAUUGAUCGCGUGAGCAUCCUCCCGCCCAACGAAGACGCGCCGCUCGGCGCUUGGUCGAGUUCCAAGCAUUGUGUCUUUGAGCAGAUCACGCUGCAUGCCCGCAAGGCGCUGCACUACUUCCGCGUGCACUACCCCGAGUCGAGCUUUUACCACUUUUUUAGCUGGCUCGCCAACUAUGAGAAGCUGUACAACACACCGUGCAUGGCCUGCAAGAAGAUCUUGGCCAAGAACGCGUCGGACAGCGCCUUUGUGCCCCCGACCUUUCGCGACUACGCGACGGGGUUCCCGUACCACACGAGCUGCAUAUAA